AUGGGAGUUAGAUCAGGGCAGAGUCCUUGGUCUGCCUGGAGCCCUGCAUGGGUUGCCCAGCCGGAGCUUCUGCCUGGGGCUCUUGCACUGGAGGAGCUCGUGGUGGGGCCUUUGGGGAAUUGUCGCCCCUGGGAGCCCACAGCUCUGUGUCUGAUUGUCGCCCUGGGGCCUUUGCUGGGCAUCGAGGCCAGCAGUCAGGAAGAAGAACUAGAUGCAGAGCAGCGGAGCCACAGCCAGAAGCGGGCCCAGCUUCAGGAACUUCUCCUGCAGCAAAUCGCUUUCAAAAACCUGGUACAGAGAAAUCGGCAAAACGAACAGCAGAACCAGGGCCCUCCAGCUCUGAACUCCACCGUUCAGCUGCCGUUUAUAAUCACCAAUACAAGCAGAAAAUCAGUCACAGACUGCAGCAUCUCCAGUGACAAGUUUGAAUAUCUUUUUAAUUUUGACAACACCUUUGAGAUUCACCAUGACAUAGAAGUGCUGAAGCGGAUGGGAAUGUCCUUUGGCCUGGAGUCAGGCACGCUCGAACUUGUUAAAUCACUGGUGCCAAAGGCUUUAGAAGGUUAUAUCACAGAUAUCUCCACAGGACCGUCGUGGUUAAAUCAGGGACUGCUUUUGGACUCUACCCAGUCAGUUUCAAACUUAGACCUGACCACUGGUGCCACCUUGUCCCAAUCAAGUGUAAAGCAAGGGUUGUGCUUGGAUGCUGAAGUGGCCUUAGCAACGGGGCGGCUCCUUGCCCCAGACAGUCACCGGCCCGGCAGUGCCGCCUGCCACUGCUCUGAGUCCCGAGGUGAGACCCCCUGUUCCUUCAACGACGAGGACGAGGACGAAGACGAGGACGAGGAGAACUCCUCCUCCCCAGAAUAA